UUCAAUUUAGCUUGAAUCAAAAAGAUGGUUCGAGCAGCGCUUGAGGAAGCGAAAGAAAUGUGCAAGGCAAAGUUGUUGCAUUUCAAAGGAAAAUCUGAAGAUGGAACAGGACAGGAAACAAAAAGUGUUACUAUUGAGACCAGUAAUAGCAGUGAUUCAGGGGAUGAAUCGAAAAGUGAAGAUCAGCCUGUUGAUUCUCAAAAGACUGGCUUUGUGCUUAGUCGCAGCGAGUCUAUUAAGUUGCGUUUGGUCAAUGAGACCCCUGUUGUCUCUAGCCCACGCCCGAAACAGUGCCCACCUUCAGAUAUGGAGCUGAUGAAGGAAAAAUUUGCAAAGUUGUUGCUUGGCGAGGAUAUGUCUGGUGGAGGAAAGGGUGUGUCUUCUGCGUUGGCAUUGUCAAACGCGAUCACAAACCUAGCAGCUUCUGCCUUUGGGGAACAGAAGAGAUUAGAGCCAAUGCCAGCAGAUAGAAAAGCCAAAUGGAGAAGAGAAAUCGAUUGGUUGUUAUCUGUAACAGAUCAUGUUGUUGAAUUCGUUCCUUCUAAACAAAUAUCAAAAGAUGGAACAUGCAUGGAGGUUAUGGUGACAAAGCAGAGAAAUGAUCUUCAAAUGAACGUUCCAGCAUUACACAAGCUAGAUGCUAUGCUUCUCGACUGCUUAGAUAGCUUUAAAGACCAAAAUGAGUUCUCGUAUGUAUCAAAGGAUGACGAAUCACAGGAAGGGAGGAACGAUGACAAAUGGUGGAUACCGACUCCUAAGGUUCCGACUAAUGGCUUGUCUGAUGUUACAAGGAAAUGGCUACAAUUUCAAAAGGAUUCAGUAAACCAAGUUCUUAAAGCAGCCAUGGCCAUAAAUGCUCAAAUCUUGUUAGAAAUGGAAAUCCCUGAAAGUUAUAUAGAUUCCCUACCUAAGAAUGGGAGAGCAAGUCUUGGAGAUACGAUCUAUAGGAGUAUCACUGACGAAUACUUUGAUCCUGACUACUUCCUCACAACUAUGGACUUGACUUCAGAACAUAAAAUUUUAGACCUCAAGAACAAACUUGAGGCUUCUGUUAUUAUUUGGAGACGAAAGAUGACGUCUAAAGAUGGGAAGUCAGCAUGGGGUUCUGCCGUUAGCGUAGAGAAGAGAGAAAUCUUUGAAGACAGAGCAGAGACUAUCUUGCUUAUUCUUAAGCAGCGAUUCCCUGGAAUUCCUCAGUCAUCUCUAGACAUUAGCAAAAUCCAAUACAAUGAGGACGUGGGGCAAGCUGUUUUAGAAAGCUAUUCAAGAAUAAUAGAGAGCAGGGCACACACAGUGAUGUCACGGAUUGAAGAUGUUCUCCAAGUAGAUGCUACGGCCCAAAAUCCUUCCUGUGCUGAAAUGAAGAAGUCUCCUUUAAGAGAUUCACUACGGGUAUCACCAUCAGGCAGCUUCCCAAAUGCUAGGGAAGAAGUUGAAAAGCUUAACGCUGCAGAGAAUCCAACGUCAAUGACAUUGUUGGAUUUCAUGGGUUGGACAGUGGAACAAGGAGAUAAUGACACAAAGAAAGAUGUGAAGGAGGACAUAGACGUUGAUGCAAAGAAACCACCUAGUGUAGUUACAAACAAGAAACUUUCUUACUUAGAUAACUUAGUUGGUGCUAGAAGUCCAACUGCACGCCACUAAAUGACGUCACUGCAGAACAUUGAUCAACUCAUCAGAGGCAAGACAGAGAAAUUCAUCAAAGUGACAAUCAGCGUCAAAUGUACAUACUAAGAUGAAUCACACAUACCUAGGAUUUCACUAAGUCAUUCCUAUUGUAAAUAGGGAAUAUAUAGUUAGUAUAGGACUGCUGGUGUGACACUUUUUGAAAUGAUUUACUCUGCAGAAGACGUCACCUCGUUGACAAAUAACCAUGGAAAUUAUGGACUUUAUUAUUGUCCAUUCUUACCUUG